AUGUCCGUCAACGCUUUCAUUCAUUCAUUCAUUCUUUCUUUCUUUCUUUCUUUCUUUCUUUCUUUCUUUCUUUCCCUUUCUUCUGUUCCUUCUUUCUCUCUCAUUUUUUUUAUCUCCUUCCAUCUUUCUUUCUUUCUUUCUUUCUUUCUUUCUUUCUUUCACAUCGCUUCUUUUUCUUUAUCUCCGUUUAGCUUCUUUUUUUUUCUUUCUUUCAUCUCGCUCACUUUUCUUUAUCACUUUCGUUUACCUUCUUUCUUUGUCUUCACUUCCUUUUCAUUUCUGUAUUUCUUUCGUUUAUCGUCUUUUUUUCUUUCUUUCACCGCACACUUUUCUUUAUUCUGCUUUGAUUGGGCAAUUUCUUUCUUUCUUUCUUUCUUUCUUUCUUUCUUUCUUUCUUUCUUUCUUUCUUUCUUUCUUUCUCUUCCUCGUAUUCCUUCUUUCUUUCGUUUCGCUUCCUUUUUCUUUUUUAUCUCCUUCGUUCAGCGUCUUUCUUUCUUUCUUUCUUUUCCUCGUAUUCCAUCUAUCUUUCUUUUCGCUUCCUUUUUCUUUCUUUAUCUCCUUCGUUUAGUGUCUUUCUUUCUUUCUUUCUUCAUUUCAUUCUUUUUUUUUUCUUUCUUUCUUUCUUUCUUUCUUUCUUUCUUUCUUUUCUUUGUUUCACCUUUUUCCUUUUUCUUUAUCUCCUUCGUUCAGUCUCUUCCAUUUUUUAUUUAUUCUUUAUUUACUUGUUUCUUCUUUUAUUUUUCUCUAUUUAUUUAUUUAUCUCUCUACUCCUUUCUUCCUUUCUUUCUUUCUUUCUUUCUUUCUUUUUUUCACCUUGUUCCUUUUUCUUUGUCUCCUUCGUCUAGUCUCUUCCUUUCUUUCUUUCUUUCUUUCUUUCUUUCUUUCUUUCUUUUCCCGCAUGUUCAUUUUGCUUCAUUCGUAUUUAUCCUUUUCAUUCUUUCUUUCUUUCUUUUUUUUGUAAGUAUUCUUCCCAUUCUUUGUUUGUUUGUUUGUUUCUUUCUUUCUUUCUUUCUUAUUAAUAUUCAUUCUUUGUUUUUUUCUUUCUUUCUUUUUUCUUUCUUUCUUAUCGGUAUUCUUUUAAUUCUUCCUUUCUUUCUUAUCAGUAUCUUUUCUUUUUCUUUCCUUUCCUUUUCUUUUUCUUUCUUUCUUUCUUUCUUUCUUUCUUUCUUUCUUUCUUUCUUUCUUUCUUUCUUAUCAGUAUCCUUUCUUUCUUUUUUUCUUUCUUUCUUUCUUUCUUUCUUUCUUUCUUUCUUUCUUUCUUUCUUAUCAGUAUCCUUUCUUUCUUUUUCUCUUUCUUUCUUUCUUUCUUUCUUUCUUUCUUUCUUUCUUUCUUUCUUUCUUUCUUUCUUUCUUUCUUUUCUUAUCAGUAUCCUUUCUUUCUUUCUUUCUUUUUUAUUUCUUUCUUUCUUUCUUUCUUUCUUUCUUAUCAGUAUUUUUUCUUUUUCUUUCCUUUCCUUUCCUUUUCUUUCUUUCUUUCUUUCUUUCUUCUCGGUAUUUUUUUAA